GUGAGCUUGUUGUUUGUUUGUAUGUCAUGGGCUGCCGUGCGUCAAAGAAAACAUGUCAGCUUGAAGCUUCGAAAAUUGAAACUGGCGCCGUGCCCGUGGUGGAGCCGUUCCGAUGUACCCGGCGCGUCCUGGACCGAAAGACGGGCAAAGCCUUCGUAGAGAUCAUCCCGGACCCUGUGUGGGCACUUCUGAAGGGAUUGUAUACCACGGCAGCCUGCGGUGUGGUACCAGCACACCCGCUGAGAUGUUGUUUGCGAAGGUUGACCCAACAUGCAGGUCGGAAAAUGCGCUCCGCCUCCACUCAGAAGGACAUUCAAAAGUUUAUCGACAUUUACCGCAUUAACAUGGACGAGGUGCUGCUUCCUGUCAGCGAGUUCAGGUCGAUGAACGACUUCUUUACCCGCGAGCUGAAACCGGAAGCUCGUCCGAUUGCCAGUCCUCAGGAGCCUGGGGUUUUUGUCAGCUGCGCGGACUGCCGGGUCAUCAUUUUCCCGAGCUUGGAGGAAGCAACCCGACUGUGGAUCAAGGGCUCCAAGUUCUCCCUCACGGAACUGCUGGGAGCAGCAGCGCCGCCCUUCCUGAAAGGCUGCUCUGUGGUGAUUUUCCGCCUGGCUACCCAGGACUACCAUCGAUUUCACUUCCCCUGUGGCCCUGGCAAGGUGUUGCAACAGAUCAACAUGCCCGGGGAGUACUACUCGGUGAACCCCAUAGCAAUCAACCAUCGCAAGGUGGACGUGCUCACUGAGAACUGCAGAGUAGUCACCACGCUGAAGCAUCCCAGCUUCGGCCAAGUCGCCUUUGCGGCGGUGGGGGCUACACUGAUCGGCUCCGUCGAGCUGUUGGCGGAGGCCGGCGCCCACUUCGAGAAAGGGGAUUGCUUCGGGUAUUUUCAGUAUGGUGGUUCCACAUGCGUCGUGUUGACGGAGCCGGGCGCCGUUGCUUGGGACAAGGAUCUGUUGGAAGCUUCCGCUCAUGGCCUGGAGACAUAUGUCAAGAUGGGUGAGCGCAUGGGCGUCAGCCCGAGCUGGGAUAACGUCGUAUCCUUCUGAGGCGGCCGUUUAAUUCAUCCCCAAGGGGGCGGAAGCUGGGAAGAAGCGGUCACUCUCCGGUCCCUU